CCUGCUCAAUUGUGUACCUGCGGUAAGUCCAACCUUUGAAUGAGCCGGAGUGUGUGGCUCUAUAUUUAACUGGCGGAUUUCGUUUGUUCCGUUACUACCUAAACAUACCUGUCAGGAUCCACCGGUCUACUGGAGCACAGCUACGCAUUUACUUUGGUGAAGACACUCCGGUUUAUCGAGGCAGAAAGGAGCACGAGAGAAAAGAGCACGCUUAAGAAAGUGAAUAAAUACAGGGCUAAAAGAACUGAGGAAAACUGUCGCCUUGAAGUUUGUAGAGGGAGAGAAAAAGAGGGAGGAGCACGUAAAACAAACAUAGACCGUAUCGUUUCUUUUCUUUUUGUUGAGUAAGGGUUGUUUUCAUAGUUUGCAGCGAAGAAGUAUUUAAAAUAAUAUAAUAUAUUUGUGUUAGUCUUCACUCAUUUGUCAAGAGUUAAGAGUACAUUGGAAACGUAGGCGAAAAUAGCGGAGUUAGCUAGCUGAAAUUAACCAUGCCCCGAGCCUUCCUGGUGAAAAAGGCGAGUGUUUCGCCCGGCAAGCGGAAUUGGAGCGAGGUCCCAGACCAUGAACGUGGAGACAUUUACAUACCAGUUUCUAUAGUCCGUCCUCACUUCACGGAGGAGUCUGAAGCCAGUCCUGCAGAGUCCGCUCACUUCUUCUCCCAGCGCCAUGACCUCGGCCGGCAGACCCUGGUGCCCGAGCGCGCUCCUCACACACUCACACACACGGCGGAGCUGCCCUCCAGCAGUGCGCAGGGGCAGGGGCCCAGCCCAGAGCCCGAGUACCAGCACGGGGCCGAGGACAGCACUUACAUCCGCUCCAAGAUCAAGGUGACGUCAGGUGAGCUUCCGUGCGUGGUGCCGGCCUCCAGCAGCCCGGCGGCCCAGGGAACGCCUGCGUUCGCAUGUCAGGUGUGUCAGAAGACCUUCCAGUUCCAGCGCAUGUUGAACCGACACCUCAAGUGCCACAACGAGACCAAGAGACACCCGUGCGAUUUCUGCGGGAAGGGCUUCAACGACACUUUCGACCUCAAGAGGCACGUGCGAACCCACACUGGCGUGAGGCCCUACAAGUGCAGCCUGUGCGACAAGGCCUUCACCCAGCGCUGCUCGCUGGAGUCGCACAUGAAGAAGAUCCACGGCGUCACGCAGCAGUACGCCUACAAGGAGCGCCGCAGCAAGCUGUACGUGUGCGAGGAGUGUGGCCACACCGCCUCCACCCAGGAGACGCUGCUGCUCCACCUGCACACCCUCCACCCGCACAGCGCCCUGCUCCGGGGCAAGGGCCGAAAGCUGACGGCCGGGACCGACCGCGAGUCCCUGUCCUCCGGCUCCCCACUGUCCCAGCACUGUCACGACAGCGACGACGCGGGGUCGGGGGGGAGGUAGAGCGGCGC